CGUUUGUUGCACCCCCAAAUUUCCAAAUUAACAUUCAAAAAAAGGUGACCCUAGAGAAUAGACAGUUUGCUUCAUGUUGAAACAAUGGAAUACUCACAAUAUCACUUCUUCAAGCAACCCCAAUAUCAAUAAUUAUAAUGCAGUGCUAACAGCUUAAGCAUUGUUGAGAAACAACUUACAAAAACAGAGGAGGGUUUUUCAUGGAGGAGUUGGUGGUGGAAAAUCUUAUCCAGGGUGGAAGAGAAGCCCGGAUUCAGGCGGCUACCGAGCUCAGUAAGCUCAGCAGCCGACAGAGGCAGAAACUGGCGGAAAGAGGAGUGAUUCCUCCAUUGGUGUCGAUGCUUCAUUCCCAGGAUUAUGAAGCCAUUGAAGCUGCUCUCUUGGCUCUGCUUGGUCUUGCCUCCGGCAGUGAAAGGAACAAGAUCAGGAUUGUAAAAGCUGGGGUUAUUCCAGUGUUGUUGGAGCUCCUUCAAUGCCAGAAUGAGGUGCUGAAUGAACUUGCUAUAGCGGCAAUGCUGAUCCUUUCUUCUUGCAGAGGAAACAAGCUAGCAAUUGCAUCUUCUGGGGCUGUACAGCUUCUUGUAGAAGCACUUAACGUUAGCAGCUUCAGCUUUCAAGCCAGGCUUGAUACCAUAGCUACUCUCCACAGUCUAUCUACUUGCCAUCAGAUUGUUCCGUUGAUUGUCUCCUCUGGCUCAAUAUAUACCCUGCUUGAACUAAUUCACAGCUCAGAGAAAUCGUCGGAAUUAACAGAGAAGGCAGUGGCAUUGCUCGAGAAUGUUGUCUCCACAUCAGAGAAUGCACUUCAGGAAACUGCUGGUACCGGAGGUGCCAUCCGGGUUUUGGUGGAGGCAGUGGAAGAGGGUUCUCAUCAGUGCAAAGAGCAUGCUGUGGGAAUCCUUCUGCAUAUAUGUCAGAGCUGCAGAGAGAAGUACAGGGGAUUGAUAUUGAGGGAAGGUGCAAUGCCAGGGCUGCUCCAGCUAAGUGUUGAUGGAACAUGGAAGGCAAAGAAUAUGGCUCGAGAGCUGCUGAUGCACCUGAGGGAUUGCUCAAACUAUGGAUCAACGAGUAAACAGUCGAAACACGAGGUUGUAGAGGAGAUUAUGCAGGCUAUUGAUGCAGAAGGAGAAAAAGUUAACGGAUCGACACUGAGAUUGGUAGAAGAGAUGAUAGCGAAGCUCAGGACAUGACUUUUCGGUUCUUUGAGAAACAGAUGUCUUGGCCUUAGGUUAUAGGCUCAGUUGUGGGAUUGAAGUACCUGUACAUAAGAUUGGUAUUGGAUAGCAAAUAUUCAGGAGUUUUAUCUUUAAAUUGUUAUGAUCUUUAACAUUAGAAAGACGAUUAUGACAUUCAGCCAUUUGAAUUAAGUUAAUGAUUUAUU